AUGAAGGGAGCAGGGCUAUUUGUCCUGCUUUCGAGUUUAUGGAAUGGGGGCUUUGGGCUUAACACCACGUAUACUUGGACUACACCAGAGGAUGCAAGCUCCCCGGAGAACAUGGCCUCUGCUACAACUCCUCUAAAUAAAAUGCCGCCAACCCUUCAGAUCACAUCGGCUGAGAUAGCCACAAUUCCUGAGGCAAGAGCCUCCGAAGAUAGUCUUCUAAAAUCAACACUGUCUCCAUCAGAGACAAACACACCUCCUGAGGAUGUAAGAAACCAAACUCUCACACCCACGGGGAAGACAGAAGGGGUGCUGAAGUUGCAGAUUCUUGCCCUCCCAACCAAACCUAGCCUCAAGUCCAGUCCAAGAGCCGAGUCGGUGUUCCUUUCCAACUCUACUCUGAAAUUUCUUCAGAGCUUUGCCAGAAAGUCGAACCAACAGGUAAUCUCUCCCGACUCGGUUGCAGGCGGUGUGGGAAAUCGAUCCCCGCGGGAAACGUACCUCAGCAGAGGUGACAGCAGUGAAAGCCAGAAAACCAACAAUCAAAAAUCAAGCUUUGAAACAACUAGAGGAAAGAAUUGGUGUGCUUAUGUCCAUACCAGAUUAUCUCCCACAGUGAUACUAGACAACCAAGUCACUUAUCUUCCAAAUGGGAGAGGGCCUUGUGGCUGGACCAGGGGAUCCUGUCCUCAGAGAUCUCAGAAGAUAUCAAAUCCUGUCUACAGGAUGCAACAUAAAAUCGUUACCUCAUUGGAAUGGAAGUGCUGUCCUGGAUUCAGUGGAGCAAACUGUCAGCUAACAGCCCAGGAACAGCAGCACUUGAUACACAGCAACCAAGCUGAGAGUCACACCGCUGUUGGCAAAGAGACAGCCAAACAGAAGCAGCAGAAAGACUGUGGUGACCCAGCAGUGACACAAAAGAUGGCUGAGCAGAUGAACCACCAGGCAAUGAAAUUGACCCUUCUACAAAAGAAGAUUGACAAUAUUUCUUUGGCUGUUAGUGAUGUAAGAAACACAUACUCCUCCCUGGAAGAGAAAAUCAAUGAAGAUAAAGGCAGAGAAUUUCAAUCUUUUCUAAAAGGUCUAAAAUCCAAAAGCAUUAAUGACCUGGUGAAGAAUAUAGUAAGAGAACAAUUUAAAUUUUUUCAAAAUGAAAUGCAAGAGACUGUAGCACAGCUCUUCAAGACUGUAUCAAGCCUAUCAGAGGACCUUGAAAACACCAGACAACUAAUUCGGCAAGUCAAUGAAUCCGUGGUUUCUAUAGCAGUCCAGCAAAAGUCUGUUUUAUUGCAAGAAAAUAGACCCACUUUAACUGAUGUACUAGAUCUAAAGAAUCACAUUGUGAAUAUAAGACAAAAAAUUACUUUUACAUGUGAAAAGCCUAUUAAAGAAUUAGAAGCAAAGCAAACUCACUUAGAAAGUGCUUUAGAACAGGAACACUCAAGGAGUGUUCUGUAUUAUGAAUCCCUCAACAAGACUCUAUUUAAAAUGAGGGAAGUACAUGAGCAUCUGUUAUCAACUGAACAAGUAUCAGUUCAGAAAGGUGUUCUAACUGCUGAAUCACUUAGCAAUAAUGUCACUGAGUACGUGUCUGCUCUACAUGAGAAUAUAAAGAAGCAGGGUUUGAUGCUGCUGCAAAUGUUUGAUGAUUUGCACAUCCAGGACAGCAAGAUUAACAAUCUCACCAUGGCUUUGGAGAUGGAGAAAGAAUCUGUCAGAAGUGAGUGUGAAGACAUGUUAUCCAAGUGCAGAAAGGAUUUUAAAUUUCAAAUUAAAGACACAGAAGAGAAUUUACAAGUUUUAAACCAAACUUUGGCUGACGUUCUCUUUCCAAUGGACAAUAAGGUGGAUAAAAUGAAUGAGCAGCUAAAUGAUCUGACUUAUGAUAUGGAGAUCCUUCAACCCUUGCUUGAGCGGGGAACACCAUUUAGAGAGACGAUGACACAUGAACAACCAAAAGAAGCAGUAGCUACAAAGAAAAAAUUGGAAAAUCUGACUAUUGCUGUCAACAGUCUAAAUAUUCUUAUCAAAGAACUUUCAAAAAGACACAACUUACUUAGGAAUGAAGUGCAGAGCCGUAGUGAUGCCUUAGACAGACGUAUCGAUGAAUAUGCCUUGGAAAUGGAAGAUGGCUUAAAUAAAACAAUGACUAUUAUAAAUAAUGCCAUUGAUUUCAUUCAAGAUAACUACAUGCUAAAAGAGACUUUCAGUACCAUAAACUAUAAUCCUGAGGUCCAUCAUAAAUGCACCCAAAAUAUGGAAACUAUUUUAGCAUUUAUUCCUCAAUUCCAACGUUUGAAUGAUUCUAUUCAGAUGCUGGUCAAUGACAACCAGAGAUACAACUUUGUUUUGCAAGUUGCCAAGGUCCUUGCAGAUAGUACUAAAGAUGAGAAACUAAGUCAGUCCAACUUUCAAAAGAUUUAUCAAAUGUUCAAUGAAACCACUUUCCAAGUGAUAAAAUACCAGCAAAAUAUGAGUUAUUUGGAGGAAAAAAUACUCUCAGCCACAAAGAUUUCCCAAAAUUUUGAAACUAGGUUGCAAGGAAUUGAGUCUAAAGUGACCAAGACACUCAUACCUUAUUAUGUUUCACUUAAAAAAGGCAGUGCGGCUACAAGUGAGAGAGACCAGACCAUUCAACUGCAGGUACUGAGUUCCAGAUUUAAGGCCCUGGAAGCAAAAUCCAUUCACCUUUCAAGUAACUUCACUUUACUUAACAAAACUCUGCAUGAAGUUUUAAUGAUGUGUCAUAAUGCUUCUACAAGUAUAUCAGAACUGAAUGCUACCAUACCUAAAUGGAUAGAAGGUUCCCUUCCAGAUAUUAAGCUUCUUCAGAAAGGUCUGACAGAUUUUGUGGAAUCAGUCAUUGAAAUAAAAACUCAAAUUGCCAUAUCCAAUUUAACUUGGUAUAUAAAUCGAACAUUGUCUGGUAGUCUUGUAAAUGUUGCCAAGUCUCAGAAGCAAAUAAAACCAUUGCUGAAGAAACCCAGUUCACUCAAAAAACCCACAGGGAAUCUGACCACUGUCCUGAUAGGCCGGACCCAAAGAAACACAGACAACGUUCCAGUUCCUGAGAGGUAUUCAGACUGCAGUAGGUCCCCAUGUCAGAAUGGAGGCACGUGCAUAAACGGAAGGACUGACUCUAUCUGUGCUUGCCGGCAUCCGUUCACUGGCGAGAACUGCACGGUCAAGCUGCUGGACGAAAAUGCUCUGGCUCCAGAUUUCUCCAAAGGAUCUUACAGAUAUGCACCGAUGGUGGCAUUUUUUGCAUCUCACACAUAUGGAAUGACUACACCUGGUCCUAUCCUAUUUAAUAAUUUGGAUGUCAAUUAUGGAGCUUCAUAUACUCCAAGAACUGGAAAAUUCAGAAUUCCGUAUCUUGGGGUAUAUGUGUUUAAGUAUACCAUUGAGUCAUUUAGUGCCCAUCUCUCUGGAUUUUUAGUGGUGGAUGGAAGAGACAAGCUUGCAUUUGAAUCUGAAAAUAUUAACAGUGAAAUACGCUGUGAUAGGGUUUUAACUGGGGAUGCCUUAUUAGAAUUAAAUUAUGGGCAGGAAGUGUGGUUGCGACUUGUAAAAGGAACAAUACCAGCCAAAUUUCCCCCUACUACUACAUUUAGUGGUUACUUGUUAUAUCGUACAUAA